GCCAUUGGAUAUGACAGAGGAUAGCAACUGAUUCACGUGUUACAACAACGUGCUGGAGCAAUUUAAUUAUGUCCUGUAUGCGUAUCUAUUGCUACAUAUGACAGGGUGCACAACCUCUCCUUUAGCCGGUAAGAGCUGAAAACGCCUGCUGCACAUUCGUUUCGUGUUGAAUUUGCAGAUGUAAGACGUAAUCAAUCGACAUGUCGCGAGCUUGAGGAGCGUUUAUUUUUCCUGUUAUUAAUAUGAAGGAAGAUCAACAGUAACUUUGUGUGUGAGAGCUGUACUGCCUUAUGUGGCUGUUGAUUUACUAGAGAAAGAUCGUCAUUACUGAAGAAAAUCCUGCCAGAUUGAAAAAAAGAAUGGAGGAAGAACCACAAAAACAGAAAAUUGUUGCUAUCCAUUGGUUCAGGAAUGGACUCCGUAUCCAUGACAACCCUGCCUUGUGUGAUGCGUUAGAAAACUGUGAUGAGUUUUAUCCCAUCUUUAUAUUUGAUGGGGAAGUUGCAGGAACAAAAUUUUCUGGAUUCAACCGAAUGCGCUUUAUGCAUGAAAGCCUUGAAGAUCUGGACAAUACUUUUAAAAAGAAUGGAGGCCGAUUGUAUACGUUUCAAGGAAAGGCAAGAGAUGUGUUGGAAGGCUUACUUCAUGAGUGGAAUGUGACCCGUUUGACAUACGAGGCAGAGGUAGAGCCUAUCUGGGAGACCCGUGAUAAAGAGGUGGAGGAACUUUGUCAGGAACAUGGUAUACAACUUAUCUCCAGGAUAUCUCAUACCUUGUGGAACCCAUCGGAAGUGAUAGAAAAGAAUGGAGGUUCUCCGCCGGUCACCUACAGCCAUUUUGAACUGACCACUGCCUUGCUUGGGCCCCCUGAACGUCCUGUACCAGUUCCUAAUCUAACCAAAGUCAAUAAACCGGUGCCUGAUAACUUUGAUCAGAAGUUUGCUCUUCCCAGUGUCAAAGACCUAGGAUAUGAACCAGAAUGCAAGGAGCAGAUGGAGCGCAUUAAUGAAUGGAAGGGGGGAGAAACUAAGGCUCUGCAGCUACUGGAGGAACGACUCAAGAAUGAGAGGAAGCCUAUGACUGACAAAAUAAUGCUGCCCAAUCAGUUUUUACCGGACCUAGUUGGGCCUCCCACAAGUAUGAGUCCCCAUCUACGAUUUGGCUGUGUGUCUGUACGGACCUUCUACUGGGGCAUACAUGACUUAUAUCAGGAGAUUCAUGCUGACAAAGAAGUUCCUGUGUCGCUCACUGGCCAGCUGGUUUGGCGGGAGUAUUUCUACACUAUGUCUGUGAGCAAUAUACACUAUGACAAGAUGAAGGAAAACCCUAUCUGUCUGGACAUAGCCUGGGAUGAGGAUGCAGAGAAACUGGAAAAAUGGGUCAUGGGUAAGACUGGGUUUCCAUGGAUCGAUGCAGGCAUGAACCAGCUGAGGGCAGAGGGCUGGUGUCACCAUGUGGUCCGACAUGCUGUUUCCUGUUUCCUCACUCGUGGAGAUCUCUGGAUCAACUGGGUGCAGGGCUGCCAGGUGUUUUUUAAGUACCAGCUUGAUGCUGAUUGGUCAGUUUGUGCUGGUAAUUGGAUGUGGAUGUCAAGCUCAGCAUUUGAGAAAGUGUUCCAGUGCUCGACUUGUUUCUGCCCUGUUGGGUAUGGCCGCCGUAUGGAUCCUAAGGGAGAGUAUGUCAGGCGAUAUGUGCCUGUUUUGAAAGAUAUGCCAAUACAGUACUUGUUUGAACCUUGGAAAGCACCAUACUUCAUACAGGAAAAGGCUAACUGUAUAAUAGGGAAAGACUACCCCCGACCUAUGCUGGAUCACAAACAGGCCUCUAUGUACUGCCGCAGCAAGAUGAUGGAGGUCCAUAGACGACUUGCUUCAUCUAGUCCUAUUCCUCACUGUGCUCCAUCCAAUUCCAAGGAAGCCAACUUCUUCAGCUGGUUGCCAGAAUCAGAGGUUUUGUCGCUUUGUAAUCACACACAACACUUGUGGCCUGAGAAUAAAUCUGUCGGUAUAAGGUCAUAAAAUUGGGAGAAGGUCCAUCUCUCACCCUCGACUGGUGUAUCCACAGUUUUACCGGCAUGACAAUAAAUCUAUAAGGUCAUAAAGAUGGGAGAAGAAUUAUCUCUUAUCUGGACUGGUGUAUCCACACUUUUACCGGCAUGACAAUAAAUCUCAAGGAAUAAGGUCAUAAAGAUGGGAUCUAGAAGAUUCAUCUCUUAUCCUGGACAGGUGUAUCCACAUUUUUACUGGAGGAAGAAAACAUCUUUUGCUGUAAAGUCAUGAACAUUGAAGAAAAUUGAAUCCUCUCUUACUUUCUGGACAGGUGUAAUUUUAAUUUUUAUGACAUCACAGCAAGAAUGCAUUGAUGCUACAUUGACCAUUCAAUCAUGACGCAACCACAUCGUUAUCACAUACGUAAGAGGUCAAACAGGGUUAUACCAGCAGAAAAUUAAUAAUUCUUCCCCAGAAUGGGGAUGGGGACCUCAACCCUCAGGAUGUUUAUGAAGUGGAGAAUCUUCACUCUUGAUCUAGGGUAACUAUCUCGCACCAAAAGAGGUGAUAUAUUUGAUAGGUCGAAAUUUUGUCUAUUUUCCUGUUGUUUUCUUGAUGUUUUUCAAGUUUAAAUUCUGUUGUAUGACUUUUUAAUUAAGUCAUAAUUGUUUUGUCUAUUUUCCUGUUGUUUUCUCGAUGUUUUCCAAGUUUAAAUUCUGUUGUAAUACUCUUAAAUCAAAUCAUAAUUGUUUUGUCUCCUUUGCUGUCAAGUCUUUGAUUCCAUUGUAUGACUAAUGAGUUGAUGUACUUUCAUUAAGAUAUUUGAUAUCUGUACUUUCCAGUAACAGGUCAUCAUUGCACUAUAUGGACAGUUGGCUUCUGAGUUGUCAGACUCUCCCUUGAUACUCAAUAAUAUUGACUUUGAUUCGUAGACCAACGUUACUUUUUUUAUGGCAUAAUUUCUUAUAUCAUAUUUGACCUAAUAAGCUAUAAGCAAAGCCACCUACCCUCCCAACCCUCUCUCUCCAACCUUUUUUUUUCAGGAAAAGAGGAUGUGUGUGCUAAUUCAAACAUAUAAAUAAUUCCUUACUUCACAGAUUUGCCAAUAUAUUUUUCGCCACAUAAAAGUAUGUACAAUGUAAAUGAAACAAAAAUUGUUACUUUUAUUACCCAGAUUUCACAUGGAAAUUUAAAUUUGUACAUGGUUUUAUUCAGCACACCCCUUUUGUGUAUGUAUAAGGUUGAACAUGAUAGUUAAAAAAAUACUUUUCCUACAGAAAUAUUUGAAUGCUGAAAAGAUAAUCUUGUUUGAAAGUGCACUUUCAUUUGGAACAUUUAUUUUUUCUACCUAUAUAUUGAAGCCUAUAUGUACUUGAAGUUAUGAUGAUAAUCACUGCCAUGUAAUAUAGGUUCAAAAGAUGUUUUGGACAGAUGGACAGAUGAAAAAAGGGGUCUUUUAAAAGUGAAAAGUGCAUUAGUGAUUUAGAUUUCCACUGAAAAAAUUCAACAUUGCCCAAUCUACAUAACAAGUGUUUUGGUGUUCAUGUAUUUGCAAAAAAGCAUUAAUUUGAGGAAAAUUACAUACAUUUGUAUCUGAUUGUACACAAUGUAUUACUCAAUAGAUUUGUUAAGCAAUUAUGUGGUUCUGCGAAUGUAGUGAAAAUUAAUAUUGUAAUGAAUGUUUGAUUUAUAAUUGUGGUGCUACAUAGAAAUGUAAAAAAAAUAUUCAAAAAAAAGAAACAAACAAAAACAAAAAAAUACAGAUUACAUAUGUGUAGGUGUACAAAACCUUUCUGCAAUUAUCAUUUUCCAUUGUUAUCAUUUACCAAUUUUGUGUUGAACAAUUUGUGCUUCUGAUAUUCAAUGGUCUGAAAGUAAAGUAAAAGAAAACAUGUUGACAUCGUAAUUACCCAACAUCUGCCAACAGGCUGUAUCCUAAGUCUGGUUCUAUCGUUUGUGAAGUAAAGUGUUAAUUGAUUCUGUUGUCGUUAUCCCUGUGUAGUAACCACUUAAUGUUUAAUUGGAAUUCUGAUGAUACCAUUAUAAUGUUUAAUUUGACUCAUGUAGUAACAAUGGAAUGUAUAAUGGUACUCAGUAGUUAACAAUAUAAUGUUUAAUGGGACUUGGUAUUAAUCAAUACACGUAUAAUGUUUGAUUUGGCUCCCAGAGUUACCAGGAUAAUGUUUAAUUUGACUCAUGUAGUAACAAUGUAAUGUUUAAUGGUACUCAGUAGUUACCAGUGUAAUGUUUUAUUUUACUCAUGUAGUUACCAGGAUAAUGUUUAAUGGGACUUAAUUGUGUAGUUACCAGUAUGGUGUUUAAUGGAGGGGCCGCGGUGGCCAAGUGGUUAAGGUGUCCCGACACUUUAUCACUAGCCCUCCACCUCUGGGUUGCGAGUUCGAAACCUACGUGGGGCAGUUGCCAGGUACUGACCGUUGGCCGGUAUUUUUUCUCCGGGUACUCCGGCUUUCCUCCACCUCUAAACUUGGCACGUCCUUAAAUGACCCUGGCUGUUAAUAGGACGUUAAACAAAAACAAACAAAAACAAACAAGUGUUUAAUGGGGUUCGUGUAAUAAUCAAUAUUAUACAAUCAUGGCACUCUGGAGAAGGUUGUAUUGGUUAUUUGAGCUCCAUAAACCAUCAUAUUGCUUGAAGCAAAGUGUCAUAAAUGCUUUAUGACUUUUUGGUAUCAAAAUCAGAGCACAGAAUGCCAAAGGUAUAUUUUUAUAUUUCAACUGCAUCUUAUCACACUAGAUUCAUGAAUACGUCAUAAACACUCUCACGCAUCCUGACGGAAUGUUUCUUACAAAUCUGAUUGGCUGAAAUUACUCGACGUCACAGGUCACUCGCACAGCCUGCAGUACGAUGUUUUAUUACUGUGACAGAGUGUAAUUUGAUGUUUAAUGGCUCAACUGUUCUUGAAGUCAGUUUCUGGUGGAGGUUUUCUUGUAAACAGUGUAACGGGAUCAGUUAAAGGAUCAGUUACAGGAUCAGUUACAGGAACAGUUACAGGAUCAGUUACAGGCAAUUACUGAUAUGAGGUUGUUACAGGAUCAGUUACAGGCAAUUACUGAUAUGAUGGAACAUCAGACUUUAAGAAAACCGAAUUCACGUAAAUCUGAAUAAAUUCAAUUGAUUAACAUAAAAUGUUAAAGUUUGAGUCCUCUAAAUGUUAAGUAUAUAUCUAUAUUUAUGUAUGUUUGUGUUUUGAAUGUGCCAUUUGAUGGAAUAUUAAAUUGUUGAAAAAAAUU